AUGGAUGCCCAAGUGGCUUAUGGCUUUCAUCACCUGCGUAACGAAAAACCUUACCUCGCCCAAGGACCAAUAGCAAAUAAGAUUAUAUAUUCUGGUUAUACUUGUACUCAGGGUUGGUUCUUCACACCCUGCACAAGUGACCCAGGUUUUAGGGGACUUAAGAACAUUCUGCGGAUGCAUGUCAAAAAGAUCAAUAGCUCUGAAUGGGAGCUGGUUCCAGUUCCUACUAGUGUAAGGGCAGUAGUUGCUCUGAAUCUUCAUAGUUAUGGAAGUGGAAGAAACCCAUGGGGUACUCUGAAACCUGAAUAUUUGGAAAAGAGAGGCUUUGUUGAAGCUCGAGUUGAUGAUGGACUUUUGGAAAUAUUUGGUCUAAAGCAAGGAUGGCAUGCAUCGUUUGUGAUGGUUGAACUUAUCUCUGCAAAGCACAUAGCUCAGGCAACAGCAAUCCGGUUGGAAGUAAGAGGAGGGGAGUGGACAGAUGCUUAUAUGCAAAUGGAUGGUGAACCUUGGAAACAACCAUUGAGCAAAGAUUUCUCGACAUUCGUGGAAAUAAGGAGGGAACCUUUCCAGUCACUUGUGAUUAAUGGAGAAUGA